AUGCUCGCGGAGCGAACAUGCGGUCCCAUCUACAAUGCCAUCGAUACAGGCAACAACAUCCUCGCCGUGCGUCACGCCGACAAGAUCUUGCAGUCGCAGCCGGAUCUAGCGCUUGCUUCCGCACUCAAAGCGCUCGCCCUUGUACGCUCCGGCAAACGCACCGAGGCUCACGACGUAUGCACCAAGCUCAUCACAAGAGGUUUACGUAAGGGUGAAGACAACGUCUUGACACCUCUCACCUGGACGCUCGGGAGGCUAGGUCGAACCGACGAUGAAAUCACUUUGCUUGAAGCAGCCGUCAAGACCAACCCUACCGACGAAGCACUUUCCCGCCAAACCUUCUUUGCACUCAUCAAAAACAAGUCAUUCCAAAAAGCGCAGCAGCUGGCGUUGAAGAUGCACAAGUCAUUCACCGGCCGCAAUCGAGCGCAAGGACGAUUCGUGCAAGAGUAUUUUUGGUGGUCCAUAUUGUCCUACCUGCUGCUCGCAAGAGAUCCGAACGCACCAGGCGCCGCUCUAGCGUUACCACUCAGCCAGCGUAUGAUCGAGAAGCAGAUUGAAUCCAAGCCGUUGGGCUUGAAUGACGAAGAGGCUCUCUGCUUGUUUUUGCAGGUGCUCAUACGACAGAACAAGAAACAGGACGCCUUCGAUCUCGUCGCUGCCCAGGAUUCCGUAGGACACACCUUGUGCGACCGCAAUCUCAGCCUCGAAUUCACCCGAACCGACCUCGCCAAGGAACUGCAGAAUUGGUCGUAUGUAGAAGAGAGCUGUUGGGCUCGUAUAGACGGCGGUAGCCGGAAUUGGGCUCAUUUCGCUGGCUACUUGGACGCCGCAGAAAGGCUCGGCAAGGAUCAUCUCGUCGCCGCACAGAAGAGAAUCAACGUUCUGCUCAGUGUCAAGGGCGCCACAAAGGACCGCUCGGUGCGACUUGCCGAGCUCGAGGCAAUCAAGAAGCGUUUGGGUAGCGGCGACCACGAGGCGGAGGCUCAACUCCAGGCCAAGGUGCUGUCGUACUUUGAGCAGUUUGCUAGCAAAGCCUGCUGUCACGAGGAUCUCCUGCCGUACUUGGGCGCCCUCUCAACGGCAUCCCGAAAGACGGUGACGGAUCUGGUCAAGACCAAGGCGCGACCUGUACCAAUCAAGACCGAACUCGACCUGAGGACCAACAUUUCGAUCGCCAAGAUUACACGAACGCUCCAAUCCUCAGAAAGCCUCACGGAAGAGAGCGAGGCGACGCUUGCGGCUGCACUGCUCACGCAGUACCUGGACGGGCUUUCCGUAGGAGCAUCUCUUCCAGAAACCGAAAUGCAACCUGCGGACGACCUGGCUCUCCUCGGCGUGCAAGCAUUGCUCUCUGCCUACAAGCUCUCUCACGGCAAACCUGUCUACCUGCAACAGACCAUCGCGCUGCUCGAACACGCAUUGACCAAAAGCAAGAAAGGCUAUCAGCUCCGAAUGCUGCUCAUCCGUAGUUACAUUCUCGUUGGCGCCUUCGACCGCGCUUCGAUCCACUACGGCCUGCUGGGGCUGAAGAGCGUUCAAGCCGACACGCUUUCGCACCUGAUCAGCGAGCGUUGCUCUGUGUUCUCAUGCGUGCCGUCUAGCAGCGCGACGCCGGACGACGGAUUGUACAAGAUGACCGUGCGUACGCUCUCCACGUCACAGGCGAUCUACGAAGAAAAUUCGACCUCUACACCGGACAUGGUUUCGAAAGCGCUCGAACACGGCAUCUAUUCUCGGGUGGAAGAGUUUGUCGAAUUUGGCGAGGCUUUGGAGAGGUCCCUGCAACGGCAGAUCUCGAGGCUGGAAGAGUCGCGCUCACAUUUGGGGAACAGACAGAACUUCAAGAAGGAUGCAGAUGGGAAGCAGUUCGAGGCAGGGAUCGAGAAGGCCGUGAAAGCUGUAAAGGAGGAUUUGCAGGAAGGAUUGUCGGAUCAGAGAGACUUUACAGUCUUGGUCAACUAUCAGCCGUUGGACACGCCAGAUGUUGAAGAGUUGACGCAGGUGGGUCCGAAGCAGGAUGCAGGUUGGGUGCGCAGCAUUGCUUCGAUCUUGUCGUCCGCCGAGACUGAAGUCGACGAAAAGGAUCUUCAAAGCUUGACGGAUCAAGAACGAACCUUGGUUGCUAUUGUUCACAGCGCUCGCUCGAGAAAGUUCGAUCCAGCAGCGUUGACAAAGAUGCUCGAAUCGACCAAGACCACCGUUCGCGCCCUGAUCAAUUCGUCAGAAGAUCCGGCUGCAUCUCCCAGUCACAUGGCGCGCCCAGUAGAUGCCGUCCACGAGGUAGCACUUGCGCUCGAAGCCAUCUAUCACACAAAGCCCAAGCUGGACAACGAGACACAAUCGACGUGCAAAACACACCUCGCCGAGAUCGCCACACUGGUCAACCACCUUUCGAGGCCAGCACAGUCAGCAGCACCAGCGAUGGUCUUGCAGGACGGCUUGGCAUCCUUGGGCAAAGACAAAGUCGACCAGAUGAUGCAGACCACGCGCGACAACGUAACCCGCAGCUCGGUCAAGGUGUUUGGCAACCUCAGAGAUGCGUUGCGCGAUGCAUUGUGA